AGACUCUACAGCGGUGGGUAAUUCACUGGUCCAUAAGCGGUCUCCUUUACGUCGAAGCCAUAAGACCUCAGCAUCUCUGACCAAGCUGUCAUUACGUGAUGGACAGCAAGCCAAAAAGCCACUGUGUAAAUUUGAAGAAGGUCAGGAUGUCCUAGCUAGAUGGUCAGAUGGCUUGUUUUAUCUUGGAACUAUCAAAAAGAUAAACAAACUGAAACAGAACUGCUUCAUUAUAUUUGAAGACAGUUCCAAAUCCUGGGUUCUCUGGAAGGACAUACAAACAGGAGCCACUGAAAGUGGGGAAAUGGUCUGUACAAUAUGUCAGGAAGAGUAUUCAGAAGCACCGAAUGAAAUGGUUAUAUGUGAUAAAUGUGGGCAAGGUUACCAUCAGCUGUGUCACACACCAAAUAUUGAUUCCAGCGUGAUUGAUUCAGAUGAUAAAUGGCUCUGUCGACAGUGUGUUUUUGCAACAACAACAAAGAGGGGUGGUGCGCUUAAGAAAGGACCAAAUGCCAAAGCACUGCAAGUCAUGAAACAAACAUUACCAUAUAAUGCAACAGACCUUGAAUGGGAUGCAGGUCAUAAAACCAAUGUCCAGCAGUGUUACUGCUACUGUGGAGGACCUGGAGACUGGUAUCUAAAGAUGUUGCAGUGCUGCAAAUGUAAGCAGUGGUUUCAUGAGGCUUGCGUGCAGUGCCUCCAGAAGCCAAUGCUUUUUGGUGACAGGUUUUAUACGUUCAUUUGCUCAGUUUGCAGUUCUGGACCUGAAUACCUCAAACGUUUACCCUUGAGAUGGGUAGAUAUAGCACAUCUAUGCCUUUACAACCUAAGUGUUAUUCAUAAGAAGAAAUACUUUGAUUCGGAGCUUGAACUUAUGGCCUACAUUAAUGAAAACUGGGAUAGAUUGCAUCCUGGUGAGCUGGCAGAUACACCAAAAUCUGAAAGAUAUGAGCAUGUACUGGAGGCAUUAAAUGAUUACAAGACCAUGUUUAUGUCUGGAAAAGAGAUAAAGAAAAAGAAGCAUUUGUUUGGCUUGAGAAUUCGUGUUCCUCCUGUACCACCAAAUGCUGCUUUGAAGGCUGAGAAAGAACCAGAAGGAACUUCUCAUGAGUUCAAAAUUAAAGGCAGAAAAUCAUCUAAACCAAUCCCUGAUGUAAGGGAAUUAAGUAAUGGUAUAGAGAGAAAGGGGAAAAAAAAAUCUGUAGGUCGUCCACCUGGUCCUUAUACAAGAAAAAUGAUUCACAAAACUCCAGAGUCGUCUCCUCUGGAUAAUGAACCAGUUCCAGCGAUAGAGAACCCAGCCUUGGAAUUACCCUGCACUGUUGGGAGAUCUGAUGGAACUGCACAUUCAUCCAAUACCUCAGAUGUGGAAUCCACAGGUGCUGCCAGUAUGAAAGAAACUACCUCAUCUAGCAUUUCCAGACAUUAUAG